AUGAAGUGUGGAAAAGCAGUAGGUCCAGACAUCAUACCAGUGGAGGCAUGGAAAGUCUUAGGCAGCACUGAGAUCGACUGGUUGACAGAGGUGUUCACGAUUGUUAUGCAGAAGGAAGAGGUGCGGCAACUGACGGAGAACAAAUCGAUGUUGCGGUGUGCAACGGGAACCUCAGAUGAUUUUGAAGUUACUGUAGCUCUACACCAGGGGUCAGCACUCAGCCCAUUUCUGUUUGAUAGAUUUUUGAUAGACUGGUUAACAAGGAGUGUACAGAAUGAAUCUCCAUGGGAUAUGCUGUUUGCCGAUGAUAUUGUGUUGAGGGAAGGAGACGGUGGAAGUGACACGGAAACAGGUAAGAGAAAUGUAGGUGGCGGAGAUGAGGAUGCUCAAAAGAAGGAACAAAGUGAUACGAAAGGAAGUCGGAGUUAA